AUGAGAGAAGCGUCGCGAAGGAAAACGGGAGGAGGAGAUCCCGAGAGUCUCAUCAAACAAGAUCCUCAUCGAGUGUGGGAUGUUGGCCGGACCACGUGGUCCCGCGGUGCCAUGAUCGGCCUCCUCGGGCUCCACUCCGCUCUCGCUUUCCUCGUCUUCUCCUGCUGCAAGUCCGCGAAUCUCUGUCAAGGUGGAAUCGCCCGAGCAGAAGAUGCGGGAGGAGAGCAUCCUCGGUUCCUGUCCCCGGUCGAGAACAUCACCGUGUCGUUGGGCGACGACGCCGUGCUCGCCUGCAGUGUCAGUCACCUCGGAACCCACAAGAUAGCGUGGGUCCGAGAGGAGGUUGAGGGCCCGACCGUGAUGACCCUGAACGAGAAGGUGGUGCUGGACAACUCCCGAGUGUCGAUCUCGACCGAGGGGAAUCGGAUCUGGACCCUCCGCAUCAGGCACGUCUCCCCCGGCGACAUCGGUUGCUACAUGUGCCAGGUCAACGCCCAGCAGAUGCUCAGCCGCGUCGGGUGCAUCCGGACUCGAGGUCUGUCCGGCGUGGAUGGGCAUGGUGUGGAUGGAUAUGGCGUGGAAGGACAUGGUGUGGAUGGGUACGAGCCACCCAGCAUAAACGAGGCCGAGAGCAGCAGCGACGUGACGGCGAAGGAGGGCGAAGACGUCCAGCUGUCGUGCCGGGCGCGGGGAAACCCCGAUCCCGAGAUCAAGUGGAAGCGGGAAGACGACGCUCACAUCCAGCUGAGGAAGGCCGACACUCACAACUCCCUGCAGCGAUACGGGAGCCGGGACUGGAUCCGCUUUCAACUGGUGAAAGGCGAGGGCCUGCAGUUGUCGAAGAUCGACCGGCGCCAGGCCGGCUCGUAUCUGUGCAUCGCAUCCAACGACGUCCCUCCUGCCGUCAGCAAACGCAUCCGGGUCACCGUACUAUGUGAGGCUGCAUCUAGAAUCAUGUUUUUCAUCUGA